GGUUGUUCACUUCCAAUUAAACUGUAUCCCUAUCCAGUAAACGUGUACCCAUGUCACCAUCCCCAAAUGAUUCCCCUUGCUUAUCCUCAAACGAACUGGUCGAAGCAGAGGAUCACACAUUAAAAACAGAAAGCAUGCAUGCCAUCACCCCCACCCUUGAACCAAAUUUAUAGAAUAGCGCAGCACGAGAGAGAGAGAGAGAGAGAGAGAGAGAGAGAUGGCAGCUGCAUCUUCUUCCAUGGCGUCCCCCUCUGCCUGCUUCAACCACAGCCUAUCUCCCCCACUUCUUGGUCCUCAAAACGUCAAUUUCAGUUAUGAAUCGCUGUCAACAACAAAUCCCCAGAGACGUGGCGUUGGGGCCAGAACCAGAAGUUCAAACUUCCACAAUUUGGGUCGACUGGGUGCUGUGGAGGAGAAGGUUCUGACGACAGGUGUUAAUCCGACGUCAGUGCCAGUGCGUGUGGCGCGUGAGCUUCUACAAGCUGGGCACAGAUAUUUGGACGUCAGGACUGCCGAAGAGUUCAGCGCCGGACAUGCCUCUGGCGCUAUCAAUGUUCCUUACAUGUUCAAAACUCGAUCAGGGAUGACUAAGAACCCUCACUUUUUGGAGGAAACAUUAUUGCAAUUUGGAAAAGAUGAUGAGAUUAUUGUUGCAUGUCAGAGUGGGAAAAGAUCACUCAUGGCUGCAGCUGAUCUUUUAUCUGCUGGUUUUACAGGCAUAACUGACAUGGCUGGGGGAUAUGCAGCCUGGACUCAGAUUGGACUUCCUACAGAAUGAAUAAUGACCACGUCCUCCUCUGGGGACCAUUGCUUCCUGCUUAUCGAUCCAUUAAUAGUUUUAACACUUAUAGAAAUAAUAAUUGAGAACAGAGGAGGUUCUGUUUAGAAACUAAUACUCUGAUGUGGUAUGCUUUGCAUAAAUGCACGAUGAUGUACAGAAUAAAAUACCAGAUAAAGGAGCACAAAAUGUUUCUUUUAUCUUUUUCUUUCA